UCCAAACCGCUCUGGCAAAAGUGAGAGCCACCCCCCGCUCCCGAUGUUUGGAGAGGCAGAAGAAUAAGAAAAAAAAAAAUCCCCCAAUCAAAAAAAAGAAAGCAUUAUACUCUCUCUCCUUGUUUCCUUUUCUUCAUCCUUGAAGAGAUCAAAACCUGAAACAAUUUGACCACCGCAUUCUGCAUAUUCAAGCCCCAUUACAGCCCCAGAACACAUACUAAUUGCUAGUAUUAUCCCUUUUUUUCUUUUAAAUAAAACUGUUAGUAGUAAUUGUUUCAGGUUUGUACAUAAUUGUUCCCUUUUUUUUUUUUUAAUUUUUGUUUCUCGUUGAAGAUUUGGGUUUUAUGAAUGGAAUCAGAUAGCAUUGAAUGCAUAACAUCUUCAGAUGGAAUUGUUGAUGAGGAUGAGAUCCACCCCCACCCCCACCCUUCUUCUCAUUUGAACAUUCAUUCCCAGUUUUCAUCCUCUACAAAAUCAUCCCACAACAUCAAUCUCAUCAACAAUAAUAACAUCAUCAACAACCAAAAUGCUGGGGUCCUGAUUCCUUCCUCUCCCAGUGUCCAUGAGCUCCUUGAAUGCCCCGUUUGUACCAAUUCUAUGUACCCUCCAAUCCAUCAGUGCCACAAUGGGCAUACGCUCUGUUCCACCUGUAAAGUGAGGGUACAUAAUCGCUGUCCAACAUGUAGGCAGGAGCUUGGUGACAUAAGAUGUUUAGCACUAGAGAAGGUGGCUGAAUCACUUGAACUACCGUGCAAGUAUUGCUCCCUUGGAUGCCCUGAGAUCUUCCCUUAUUACAGUAAAUUGAAACAUGAGGCUGUGUGUAAUUUUAGACCUUACAACUGUCCAUAUGCUGGUUCAGAGUGCUCAGUUCUUGGUGAUAUUCCUCACCUAGUUGCGCAUCUGCGAGAUGAUCACAAGGUGGACAUGCACUCUGGCUGCACUUUUAAUCACCGUUAUGUCAAAUCUAAUCCUCGAGAAGUAGAAAAUGCUACAUGGAUGCUAACUGUUUUUAAUUGUUUCAGCCACUACUUCUGCCUGCAUUUUGAAGCUUUUCAACUUGGCAUGGCUCCUGUUUAUAUGGCGUUUCUUCGAUUUAUGGGAGAUGAGAUGCAAGCUCGGAACUUCAGCUACAGCUUGGAGGUUGGAGGCAAUGGCCGGAAACUCACCUGGGAGGGCACUCCUAGAAGCAUUAGAGACAGUCACAAGAAAGUCAGGGACAGCCAUGAUGGUCUGAUUAUACAGCGCAACAUGGCUCUGUUCUUUUCUGGUGGAGACAGGAAAGAGCUCAAGCUACGUGUAACGGGGCGAAUAUGGAAGGAACAGCAGAAUCCAGAAAACGGGGCAUGCAUACCUAAUCUCUGUAGUUAAAAUUACUCCCAGUACACUAAUCUAUCUGUACCUUUGCUGAUUUUUUUUCUUUCUCACGUUAUAUGUGCCUUGAGAUGUCCAAAAUCAUUGAAUAUGUGCAUCAAUUGGCCGGAGUUGAUUAAUAAACUCUCUCGCUUUCUUGGAAUUGUUGCUUA